GCUUCGUUUUCAUGGCGGUCAAUGCGGAAAGGAGAAGAGAGACAUUGGCGUCAAGUGAAGGGCGGAGCAGAGGAACGAGUCUCUGUCCUGAACAAGCCGAAACCAAAACCAUGACAGAGAUGAAAACAGAGCAUGCAGAAACCAUACCUGUAAUAUACUACCUCACACGCAAUGGCCAGCUCGAGCAUCCUCAUUUGCUGGAGGUUCCUCUUUCUUCUUCCCGCGGACUCUUUCUCAGAGAUGUGAUCAAAAGACUCGAUAUAUUUCGAGGAGAAUACUUUUCCAGAAUGUAUUCGUGGUCUUCGAAGCGGCGGUACAAAAGCGGAUACGUAUGGCAAGACCUAUCAGACGACGAUCUGAUACAUCCAUCUCAAGGUCGAGAGUACAUUCUCAAAGGAUCGGAAGUGCGCUUGCUAGAGGCGUCUUCGAGUUUCCGAUCUUGCGAAUCAUCAUCGUCGUUUUCGGAGUCGAAAUUUUCAUCAGAGACGAACAAUUCGAGCACGGAUUCGAAUUUUGCCGUCGCGGUGAAGAGAAACAACCAGUCUUGGAAUUCGCUGGAAGAUCUUUGCAGAAACGUAGUGUACAAGGCGAAAAUUUCCGGCGAAGGCGGCACGAACGCGGCGACGCAGACCGGCGAGAGGCGGCGUAAAUGCACGGACGGCGGAGAGGAAGUUUCUAACUCUGGAGUUGCAAGAACGGAGAGCUUGAGGUCUGUGGAUUGUGAAGGAGCGGCGGAUUUGAGGGAUCAGACGGCUGGGAAGAGCAAUAGGUGGAAGACAUCAACGGUUCUGAUGCAGUUGAUCAAGUGUAACUUUUAAAAUUGCAAUAUAUUUUCUUUAAACAAAAAUUCCCCUCAUGUUCUUAAUAAUUAUAAUAA